AUGAUCGAAAACAUCCGCGAGAACAGGAACAAUCAAGAUUGGAUCAUGGGUACUGGACAGCGCACUGCACAUCUGCAACCCUUCCCCAACACCUUCAUGAUCAAGAUCAUGACACUCCCUAUUCCAUAUACCAACGCCGUCCUCGGGGUUCUUGCCUCGGAAGAACAAGUAGAUGAUUUUGUUGCAGAGUUGUCAGGACUUAUCGAUGAACUCGCCAACCACCGUAAACCGUAUCACGGGGACUUUACGCUGCUCAAAGAAGAACUUACGAAGAAGCAUACGAAAACUGAUAGCAUACGGACUGAUUUCUUAUAUUUCGCUUGGAAACUGGGGAGUCUGUAA